AAAGCCUCUCUGGGUGGUCUGUUUUUCCUUUAAACUAGUGUUUAUCUGUAGGAUGUGCAGAACAAUCUUAUAUGUAUAGAAAUAAGUUUCCUUGAGCGCAGUGGGAUUUACUCCCAGCUAAGGGUGUAAAGCCUCAAUUGCAGCCUGAGAUUCGAGAACCAAUCUGAGUUCAGUGGUUUGUGGCAAAAGGUCAUCAUUUUUAAAUAGCCGAAGGGCACAGUUUCCCCAGAAUAUUGCAAAGUGAUAUAGCAAAGCUUGGCAACAAGAGCCAUAAAUCUACAACCUUGUAGGAAAAGCAAAGCAGGGCAUUUUGGGUUCAUAUAGUGAAGGAGCAGCCUAGGGAUGGAAUAGCAACAAUGGCAUGGUUGGCAGCCAGCAAUUGCACGUGGUGGUGAUGCAUCGGGCUAGUUUUUCCUAGAAUGAUAAAUUCUCUCCUCGGAACUAAAAGGAGUGUGAAAAGAAGAAGAGCUUCCCUAGGGGAAAAUGUAAAUAUUUGCAUUGUCUUCCCUGUGAUUUAAAGCAAGGAGGGCUUGGGGUUUGCCUUUGUGCCAGGACUUUGAAAACACAAACGUGACAAGAAAAUCAAUCCUCAAGCAAGGGCGGGGGUCGGGGGUGGUGGUGGUGGUGGAAACCUUGGGGUCUUUGGGACAGCUCUCUUUUUGUGCCAUGAAAGUGUCUUCAUUCAGUGAUGAAUGAAGCGCUGCCUGCUGUCUGGAGCGCCGCCUGCUGUCCAUAGCCUCUAGUCUGGAGCAAGCAGGGCUCCUGCUAGUCGGCUGGCUCGGCUCCGCCCUCCAUGGCCCGCUCCCUCGGUGUAUUAUGUCAUCUGCUGCAAGCAGACCGCCUGCUCGGGCUGGAGAGUAGUCUGCACAGUGUAAGGCAAGGAAGAAGGAAGCGCGUGCAGAGCUGCUGGAGCAAGGAUUCGCGUGUGGCUGGCUUCGGAGGAGCCUCCCGCAUCGGGGCUGGCUGGAAAGCGGCAAGAGAAGCUGGAGCUGCGACCACAGGGGACCGGGAAGGAGGAGGCUUAGCUCCCUGGGGCUUUUGCAGCUGCCUAGGAAGGGUCGCCUCCCCAGCAGCGCUGCUGUGCCUUGGCUCUGUCUCGGCAGAUCCCGCUGUCCUCUGGGGUCUCCCUCACUGGGGCCAGGCGGAUGCCCCCGCAGCAAGAGGGAGAGACGGGCUACAUCAGCAAGCCGCUGCCGGGUGGCUGCGAUGGCGGGGGUCGGGGGGGGGGUGGUGGUGGCGAUGUGCCGCCGGUGCCCCCACGCCGAUUCCGCAGCGGCCGAGCCGCGGCACUGGGGGCCGCCCUGGGGACCCGCUGCCGGGCCGGAGCUGGCGGUGGCUCUGGGGGAGCCGGAGCGGAUCCCCGGCGCAGCAUCAAGUGUGUGCUGGUGGGAGACGGCGCGGUAGGCAAGACCAGCCUGGUGGUGAGCUACACCACCAAUGGCUACCCCACGGAGUACAUCCCCACCGCCUUCGACAAUUUUUCAGCUGUUGUGUCAGUUGAUGGUCGACCAGUGAGGCUGCAGCUCUGUGACACAGCUGGCCAGGAUGAAUUUGACAAGCUCCGGCCACUGUGCUAUACCAACACAGACAUCUUUUUGCUCUGCUUCAGCGUUGUGAGCCCUUCCUCUUUCCAGAAUGUAAGCGAAAAGUGGGUUCCCGAAAUCCGAUGCCACUGCCCCAAAGCACCUAUUAUUCUCGUUGGGACACAAUCGGACCUCCGGGAGGAUGUCAAAGUCCUCAUUGAGCUAGACAAAUGCAAAGAAAAGCCUGUGGCAGAGGAGGCCGCGAGGCUCUGUGCCGAGGAAAUAAAAGCUGCCUCUUACAUCGAGUGCUCCGCUUUGACUCAGAAAAACCUCAAAGAAGUCUUUGAUGCAGCCAUUGUUGCUGGCAUUCAGUACUCGGAUACCCAGCAACAGCCAAAGAAAUCGAAAAGCAGGACUCCGGACAAAAUGAAAAACCUCUCCAAGUCUUGGUGGAAAAAGUACUGUUGUUUUGUAUAGUGCAUUUGCAAAGACUUCACAAAAAGCAACCUAAUAUGGAGAGCGGCUAGAAGCUAUAUUAGCUCAGAAUCUCUGUUUCAGAGUGCCAUAGACUGAAUUCCACAAGUGUACACGUUGCUGAAGUCACCCAUUUUGAUUGGAGGAGGAGAUGGAAAAACUUGAGAUAGCUGGUUGUUGAGGGUUUUCAGCACUAUUGAUAGAGUUUCCUUAUGUUUAAUUUCUUAUCAAGGUAUGCAUGCCCCACUACUGUGAAAAUGAAAGCUGUACAAAGGACUUGACUAUAUUCAGAAGUGGAAGAAGCCAAAUCAGAGGUCUUUGCUAAGAAGGCUGUUUGGAAAUGGCAAAGGACCAUAGGAGUUACAGAGUUGUAUAGGUGGAUUUUGGCAAACGUGUGCCUCUUAUAACAUUUAAAUGCUGCUUCCCUGCCUUAUUUUCAGUCCUGUGGUCUUCAGAUAUGAUCAAAUGCAUUCCAGAAACAUCCAUAGCAUUGACGAAUAAGCAGACCUGCACGUAAAUUCUGUAUACUUUUCUUAAGGUGAUAUGCCUGCUUCAUACACAGUAUAGGGAUGUCUAAUAUGGUGAGCUGCUUGCACAAUGGCAUCCUAUCUGUAGUCUCAUGAUUCGCAAAUCCCUUUUACAUGGUGUAAUGUGCAUGCAUGGUGAAUGAUUUAAAAAACCCUGGUAUCUUAAACAGCAACGGGCUCCUUUUCUGCCUAUAGAUACCCCAUGAUGGUCAAUUUACUUUUAUCAGUUUAUAAAGUCUGAUUUAUUUAUUUUUAGGAUGCACCAGGUAUAUGAAAUGCCACUCAAGAUGUAUGUGUUCUGUGUCCAUAUAAUGUUUUCCAUAUGGUAAUAUCAACUGAGGACAUUAUAGUCUUUUUUACACUGCCAAGUACCACACAACUACAUAUCUUGGUUAGAGCUAUUUUACCUCAUGUAUACAGUAUCUGUUAGUGUAAAGGAAGGUGGGAUGUGAUGACCAUCACUUUAUGGCUGUAGUCCUCAACACUUGGAAGUCUACCUAUCGAAGGCAAUGGAACUUUCUUCCAAGUCAGUUUUCAUAGUAUUGGGCUAAUUGUGAAUUGGCCCUGAUACAAAAUAUGCCAAUCCCCCCCCCCCCGCCCCCGGCCAACUUUUCAUAUACCAAUUGAAUUUUUUCAGUUUUUUUCUUUAAAAGCUACAUUGUUCACCAUCAGUGGUUAUAACUACCUGGGCUUAAAAAAAGAUAGUUAUUAUGUACAGUCUUCCAUAUUGUUUCAAACAUGCAACAUAUUUGAAAGACCUUUGAAAGAAAUCAGUAAAAAUUAACAAAAUGGCCUCCUUUCUAGAAUAGAUUAAAGUGAGAUGAGCCUGAAAGGUUGCAGAGCAAUAUCUACUAUAUUAACAGCCUAUGUGUAUUCUAAUAAAAUAACUCAAAAUUCUGGAUUAUGGAGACUGAGGAGACUUGGCUACUUUCAGGAUUGGUGUCAAAGGGUGACCAGGUCACGCACCAGCCAAGGCCCCACCUGGCCAACCCUUAUUCUCCAGGACCCACUUCAUUAUCUGGUGGCAGCAGUGGUGUGAGUCAUACAGAUUUGCUGCUGCUGUCUUUGACUAGCACCCUCCCACACUGGCCAAUACUAAUGUCUUCCAGAGGCUCCUGUGUCAUUAUUGGGCCUUAAGGGGAUGCUCUCAUUGGCCAGUUGCCAAAAGACUUGCAUGGCAGCUUCUUUUCCUCUUACCCUCCCCAGUCCAUAUCAGCCAAUGGAGGAGGAAUGGAUGUGACAGCAGCUCUUCCCUCUCUUACCAUCUGAUGGUAGGAAUGGGAAGAGCUGCCAACAAUAAUGACUCCCCUCCCCAUUUCCUGGUAAGCUGGAGGGCGGAGUGCCCAACACACCAUGAGGUGGGGGCAAUGCAAGACUUGGUUUGUGGAAUGCUGGGUUGGAAAAAUCCCAGGUAGCUGGUUGCCUACCUAUUUUUCAACCCCUACAUGGAGUUGAUGCCAAAAAACUUGCUGAUGGCUCUUGAAGGAAACAAACAAAAAUCAGUCCUAUUGGUAUGUAUUUCCUUUUUAAAAUGUUGGUAUUCUCCUUGAACAGAUUUCAUCCCCUCCUGUCUUGUCUUAUUCAGCUCCAACAGAAUGUUAAAUUUUUUAUCAUCCAUGCAUACAAUAAACAUAUACCAUUUACAAAUAAAUGUAAAUAACAGUGAAGAAUAACCCGUGUUAUACACAGUUCCUUUAAGACAGAGAUGGCCGAGUCUUUUUGCUUCCAGUGUUGAGAAAGUUAAUUGUGUAAUUUAGGACCAACCUACAUGUUAGGGUAAAUGUAUAGUUUGGCUCUGCCUGUGUGUGUGUGUGUGUGGUGUUUAAAGCAGGUGUUGGGAGAUCCGGACUGACGCCACAGCAGGUGGGAGGGGAUGUUCAGCCCUUUGCCAUUGCCACAAGGAAGUUACCUCUCAGAGCAAGUAGCAGCUGUAGUCUGAAUCACCCCUUCCUCCCAGCUUGGGGCUGCUGUUUAAGUUUUAAAAAGCACACAUGCCAGGACUGAAGGAUGCCUUCAAGGUAAUGUGUAGUUUGACCCCUACAGUUCCAGCCCUUUCCACUCCCUUGUUAUGUUUCACAGUACUGCAAACUCCAGAGAAACCGGAAAAAGUUUACUAUCUGGUUUGCUGCUUAUUUUGUUCAUGCUGGUUCUUGGAUUUUUUUUCUUCUUCAAACCCUUUUCUUAGUUUGUAUUACAUGUUUGUUCUCCUGCCUCUGUGUGCUUACCCCCAGAGAUGCCAGGCUUGAUAUCACUGAAUGAAGCUCAGCUUUUGGAAAUGUUCUCCUUUUCCAGUAGAGUAAAAUGAUUCUUUGUGUUACAAAGGGCAAACUACAAAAGACAAAGGAGAUCCGUGAUCAUUUCUACUGACAUUUCUACUUUUAGUUAUAAGCUGCCAUGGGGGCCCUGGAUUAGAUCAGAGUAGUGGACUCAGGAGAGAUUUUUUUUAAUUCUCCCCACCAUAUCAUUUCCUCAGUCACUCUUCUCCUUCUCUUCCCCCUCCCUUUUCACUUUGUUGAUGAAAACAUACAGAGAGGCUGAUAAACAGCAAUCUGGGAAGAACUCUUGAGUUCCUUUGGUACAUAUCCUAGAAUACACAUACAACAAUUUUACCAUUAGCAAGUACUGUAUCUAUGUAGAUGUUGAUUAAUCUAACAAUAAGAGCAUGAAUACUGGAACAUAUCCAAAACCUGUGACCAGAUUACUUCUUUUCCUAAUGGCCUCAUUAGUCUGAGAGUCCUGCAUAUGAAAGAUAGUUGUGCAAACCUCUUAAUAAAGUUGGCUAUAAUACUGUUUCUGACCUACUUAAAGAAAAUGUUGAGAUAUAUAAAUGCAUUAUGGAAUGUAUGGGAUUUUGAUGCCAUGAGCUACACAAUGGAAACCUUUUCUGGAGUGAAAAAAGCCUGAUUUAAUAAAAAUAUGUUGGCUUCUGUAGUGCCACAGUCUGGAAAACCAGUUUCCAUUGCACAGAAAGUGUAUGUACGUUAACUUAGUUGCAUUUGGUCAACAACAGAUGCAAAAUAGGUAGAACAUCUGGUUUGCUGAAUUCCUAUAUCCUAUGCUUUGGCAUUAUCUUAAGUGUAUGGAUACUGAUUUGAAUGUAAGGUCCAAGAUUUCCUCCCUGCCUCUUUAUUGCUCCUCUGUAGAAUGAGAAGAAAAGAUGGACAAUUAAAUUUUUAUCAGGAGUUGAAAAAGAACACAGUGCUUGCUGGAAAGUGAGUGGAACUUUCCUCCUUCCCCAUCAACAAUUGAUACAUGCAAAGCCAGAAAGAGAUGGGUACAUUCCAUGAGCAAGCAGCCAGUUUCAUAGAGUCUGGAAAAGCAUUGUUUCCAAUGUAGCCUGUUGCGACUGUUUUGUAAAAAAAUGUGCUAUAACUUGUAAUAAGCCCUUGAUUUAGGUACAAAUGAAUUAAGUGAUUUAAUAAUGCUGCAGAUACCAAUAUACCAGAGGCUACAUAGCGUCUUUCUAGCCUUAGAAGGAAUGUUCCUUUUAAAAAAUCACCAGUAAUUUGCAAGUUUGAGUAGGAGAUGUCUCCUGUAGUCUAUAAUACGAUGUGCCUUAUGACAUACUUUUUGUUUGUUUUUGUUUUCAAAGUGUAGGCUAUACUUAAAAACAAAGCUGUCUGUGAGAACAAUAUAAACUCAGUUAAAAAAAAGAAAAAUAAAUCCUGAUCUCUUUG